CAGCGCUCAGACACAAACCGAGAGCGAGGAAGCGCGCUAGCAACAAAUGGUCAAUUAUUAUUAUAGAGAGCGAUUAACAGACACUAAAUGGUGUGAUAACAGCUCGUUUAGAGUUCAUAACGUGAGUUUUACAGUCGAAUCAAGACGAAGACAAAGCUGCAUGAGAUUUGACUAUUUAGUGAGCUUGUGGAGAUAAACGAUGUGUUAAACUGAGGCGAAGAAAAGCAUACAAGGGAAGAAUUAUUGUAUCAAAAACAUCGAAUCAGUGGAGACGUACACAUGGUUCAGAAGAGGACACGUACAGCGGCGUUUUGAAAUGGAAAGGGGAAACUAAUAACAUUUCAUAGUGGAGAAAACGGCGAACUGUAAUUGUGCUGCUUACUGCUAGUGUAGUAUUGUUAUUAUUUUUAACGAUGAACAAGAUGCUACCGGCCCGCGAAGCGGCCAAAAUCUACCACACGAACUACGUGAGAAACGCCCGGGCGAUAGGCGUCCUUUGGGCGAUUUUCACCGUAUGCUUUGGCAUCAUAACAGUGGUCUGCUUCAUACAGCCAUACUGGAUAGGGGACAGCGUGAACACGGCUCAGGCGGGAUACUUUGGUCUGUUUCACUACUGUAUCGGCAAUGCCCUGACCUCGGAGCUGACGUGCAAAGGAAGCCCGCUGGACUUUGCCACGAUUCCCUCUAGCGCGUUCAGGACCGCUAUGUUCUUCGUGGGGAUCGCCAUGCUCCUGAUCGUGGGCUGUAUUGUGUGCUUCGGGCUCUUCUUCUUCUGUAACUCCGCCACAGUUUACAAAAUCUGCGCCUGGAUGCAGCUGGCCUCGGCGGCAGGGCUGGUGAUCGGGUGCCUGAUCUACCCGGACGGCUGGGACUCGGACGAGGUGAAGCGGAUGUGCGGGGACAAGACUGACAAGUACACCCUGGGAGCCUGCACCGUGCGCUGGGCGUACAUCUUGACCAUCAUCGCCAUCCUGGAUGCGCUCAUCCUCUCCUUCCUGGCCUUCGUGCUGGGAAACCGGCAGGACAACCUCCUGCCAGAGGACUUCAAGGUGGAGAAUAAAGAAGGGGCUCAUGCCUAGAACCCAGUUGCUAUGGAUUACCAGUGAAUUGGGUCUGAAUAUCUUCCAGCAGGCUGCUCUUCCACCACAGAUCCCCUUCACUGGCCCAGGGGCCAAACUAGUGCUCCUUGCCUCAUUGUAAAUCGGGAGGCGAGUGUGUCCUGUUCCAAACUGAAUAUUUUGAACGAGUCAGACAAGUUUGAGAAUAAAAAAUGUAGGUCUGACACCUGCUCAGUUAAAAUGACCUUAAUAUCAAUUGCAGAAGGAAUGUAAACAUGUGUGUGUGUUUAUUUGUUAUGUACAAAGGGUGUUUCAAGCUCAACAGCACCACCUGGUGUUCUGUGGCAGGAUUGAAAUGAUGUUAUUUUGACUUGGUUACAGCACACCGCUUGCUCUUUUUGAAGAUUACAAACAUGCAUACUGGUUCUAAAAUGUGGAUAAACACUGAAGAGAAUUACAUCGUUUACAUCUUAAAAAGUGAGUGUAAUCGUUGUCAGAGGGUAAGCUGUGUGCAAGUCAUCUCAUUCCAGUUUUUAUCAAGUUCCUUGCAAGUCGGGUUGACGCUUGUAUUUCUGAAUUGUAAAUAUUUCUUAACUUGUCUGGUAAAUAUAUGUCCAAACCCUAAAGUGUUCUCUUAGUGAAUAUGUAUAGGCAACACAGCAGGUUUAUUCAAUCCAUUGCCCGACCCGUUCAGGAGACAAGGUAGGGUUCAGGCUCAGUGUUAAAGCAGCGGUGAUUAGCAGUAUUUCAGGGAAGUGUAAAAGGAGCUGGAUCAGCUAUGAAGUGCCCCGUUUAAUUUACCAUUGAAAUACAACACGCGGCUCAUGAGCCAAGGUCAAAAUACCAGCUCUCCACCGUUUUCUUGGGAAGCAUUCCAGUAUAACAAAACCAGCUCAUUUCAAUUGUUGUUUUGUUCAGAGUUAAAACAGCUUGAAUGUGACAUUCAUAAUGUUACACUCCUGCUGCUGCGGGUUUCAGAUUUGCAGACACCAACAGAUUGAUCUUGCUUUAUUAUAAAGAUGAACACAUUUGCCAGGGCCACUGCAAGCUUGAUGAAUCGAGAAGAGAUUUAUGGUUUAUGCAGGUUAUAUAUAGUGUGUGAUCUAUCUCUCUCUAUAUAACAUACAUGCUGCUGCGCAUUAUGAGAACAAAAGAAAUGUAUCACUAAUAUUUGGAUAAAAUUCACUAGAUGUGAUCGAAAAAAUAACUGUUUUAGAGCAGGUGCGCUGACUUUAUUGUGCCAAUUAACAACUGACAUCAAGAUGCAAAACGAUCACGCCAAUUGUACGAAGGCGCUACUCUCUUGACAGACAUGGCAAGAUUUUUUUUUUUUUUUCUGUGAUUUUCUUUAUUGCUUUUAUUCAAGCUUGCAAUUCAACAGCUGAAAUCACUCCAUAUCCAGAGUCCAAUCAACUGGAUCACUAAUUAGGUGAUUAAGUGCAUCUGCUUCAGUCAUAGUCACUCAAGCGUAUCAUGGUCAAGGGUGAAUGAUCGAGUGAUUAAAAAGAAACCCAAAACAUUUCGUCAAUGCCCAUCAUUUAUAUACCUUAUUUAUUUUCAAAAAUAAAUGUGUUAUAAUAGUGAUAAGUUUCUUUUGAUGCUCAGUGUGUGUGUGUGUGUGUGUAUAUAUAUAUAUAUAUAUUAUUCCUUUGAUUUAAAAAAAUAGGAUGAGAUAUGUUGUUCAACGUAUCUCUCAAUAGCAAAUGUUGAAUUCAGAAUAGUACUGUUGUAAUCUUUAAAAAGUCGCCACCUACCGGGUCUAUAAAGAAAAGCCAAGUCACGUUGAUAAAAGAAAUGUAGCUUUUUAUUAAGCAAGCAGCAACCCCGAUCCACAGUUCCUGUCUUAUCAGAAUUGUAAAAAGGCUCCGCCCCUGCAGCACUGUUGCUAGGAGACAGCAAGCAAGGAGAGAGUAGCUUCCACAGCAGCGAGCUCAGCCCAUACAUUCACAGCCGUGUUGUUUCAUUACCAGUAAGAUUUAGAUAUAAUUUUACCAGAUCGAAGUCAAAUUUGGUUUUCUGGGCCGUAUUUACAUUUACAGUAUGAGUGUUGAAAACGGGACCACAUUUUGAAUUUGUGACAAUGGUUGUUUCGCUACUAUGUAUCUAUCCAUAUCUCUCUCUCUCUCUCUAUAUAUAUAUAUAUAUAUACACACACACACACACACACACACACACACACACACACUGCAGAAGUCCUACACAUGAAUUAACAUGUUCAGAAAAACAUAAUCAGUAAUUGACAAACCCAGGACUGGAAGACAAUUAAUAUAGUUAAGGAAUAGAAAGAAGACAAGUGUUAAAUUGACAACAGAACUGGCAGAAGGCACAGGUGGUGUCCAUCAAAUCAACAGUAUGAAGGUGACUUGAAAUCUGGUCUUAAAGGAUGUGUUGCAGUAAGAAUACCUCUGUUAAGAAAGGGGAACAAGACUAAAAGGCUAAAAUAUGCACAAGAACAGACAUUGGACUAUGGAACAGUGAUCAAAGAUGCUUUGGACUGUCGAUGGACGGACAACGACAUCUGUGCCUUCUGCCAGUUCUGUUGUCAAUUCAACACUUCUCUCCUUUCUAUUCGUUAAGAAUAUUAUCUUCAAGUAUUGCUCAUCCUUGUUAGACAGGUUUUUGGGUCUUCCAGUCCUAGGUUUGUCAAUUACAGAUGUUUCUCUGUGCUUGUUGAUUAUGCUUCGGAUACCACACCUUGAAAAUCGAGUGAUGCGAGCUACUUCACGCAAUAUUUUUCCUUCUUUAUGCAAGUCAAGGUUGUUAUAAUAGUAGAAAACACUAAUGGAGGCUUUGAAUAAAUUGUUGAUGCUCAUAAUGCAUCAUGUCUAAGACUUUUGCACAGCAGUGUGUGUGUGUAUAUAUAUAUAUAUAUAUAUAUAUAUAUAGUGUGUAAAUAAAGCACAAUAUUGAACUGUAUUAAUGUCAAAAGUUUUGCUUGUUCUAUUUCUGAAGAUGUUUUUCAUUAACCUGUGGCAUGUUGUAUACCAUUUAGAAACACAUGGAUGUUUAGCAUAAUAAAAGCAUGUUUCCAUAUUAUUGAAAUAAAUUAAAAAUAAGUUUG